AUGGCCAAACAGGUUGGGGCAUCCCCCAAACGCCUCAAACCAAUCAUGGACGUCGUGCGCGGGAUGACCGUGAAUGAUGCCCUGGAUCAGCUUGGUUUGAUGACUUCCCCGUGGGCGCGAUCAGUGGCCAAGGUAGUGCUGUCAGCGGCAUCCAACGCCGAAAACAACCUUUUUAUGAGUCGCGAGACGCUACGCAUCACGCGUAUCUCCGCUGACCAGGCCCGUCCGCUCAAACGCUUCCGUCCGCGGGCUCGUGGGCGCAUCGGCCGGGUAACGCGCCGGUCCAGCCACAUCAUCAUUGAAGUGGACGAGAUUCAGGAGGGCUAA